UUCCGAGUCUUUCCAAAUCCAUCGCUCCUCCAACGUCUUUCCCUCACAUUGUCCUUAAGUCUCUUACUCUCAGACGCAUUUAACUUCCCUGUCCUUAUCGUACAGUCCUCCAUGGCGUACGUUAGCCAUCUGCCGUGCGACGGCGACGGCGUCUGCAUGCUCUGCAAGAGGAAACCGUCGGACGAGGACAAGCUCACCUGCAAGACCUGCGUCACGCCCUGGCACGUGGCCUGCCUCGUGACCCGACCCGAAAGCCUGGCAUCCACUCUCCAGUGGGAGUGCCCAGACUGCACGACGUUCUCCGGCGAAUCUCCGGCCGCUCCCGCCGUGAACUCCGCCGGCUCCGGCGAGUUGGUCGCGGCGAUCCGGGCGAUCGAAAAUGACGAGUCGUUGACGGAGCAGGAGAAGGCGAAGAAGCGACAGGAGCUGUUGAGCGGCAAAGCUGAAGUGGACGAAGAAGACGGAGGUCGUCAGAAGGGAGGGAGGGACGUCUUGGAUGUUCUGGAUAAAAUUUUCUACUGUUGCUUCUGCAUGCAGCUACCGGAGAGACCUGUUACGACACCAUGCGGACACAAUUUCUGCCUGAAGUGCUUCCAGAAAUGGGUUGGACAAGGGAAGCGUACUUGUGCAAAGUGCCGCAAUGCCAUUCCUCCCAAAAUGGCAAGUCAACCCCGCAUCAACUCUUCACUUGUAGUUGCCAUCCGUAUGGCUAAGGUGUCAAAAUCAAAUGUUACUGGGGGUCCUGCUAAGAUUUAUCAGUUUAUACAAAACCAAGACAGGCCUGACAAAGCCUACACUACAGACCGGGCUCAGAAGACUGGAAAAGCAAAUGCUGCCAGUGGCAAGAUAUUUAGUUGGGAGGAUAGGCUGGAAUGUAGACAAUGGGGUGUACACUUUCCCCAUGUUUCUGGUAUAGCUGGACAGUCUAAUCAUGGUGCACAGUCAGUUGUGCUUUCAGGUGGGUACCUUGAUGAUGAGGAUCAUGGAGAGUGGUUCUUAUACACUGGAAGUGGUGGAAGGGAUUUGAGUGGGAAUAAGCGAACAAACAAGGAACAGUCUUUUGACCAGACAUUUGACAAAUAUAACAAGGCUCUCCAAGUUAGUUGCUUGAAAGGUUAUCCUGUUCGAGUGGUAAGGUCUCACAAGGAGAAGCGCUCCUCUUAUGCCCCUGAGAAAGGUGUGCGGUAUGAUGGAUGCUACAGAAUAGAAAAAUGUUGGAAAAAGGUUGGAGUUCAGGGGUUCAAGGUCUGCCGGUAUCUUUUUGUCAGAUGUGACAAUGAACCUGCACCAUGGACGAGUGAUGAACAUGGGGAUCGACCUAGACCCUUACCUCCUAUUCCCGAGCUGAAGAAAGCCACAGAUAUAACAGAGAGGAAGCAAAGUCCAUCUUGGGACUUUGAUGAGAAAGAUGGCCGCUGGACAUGGAAAAAGCCAGCGCCUGUCAGCAAAAAGCCUGUUCAAGCAUUAAAUCUUGAUGAUCGAAAGAGGUCAAGGAAAGCAAUCAGGAAAGCACACAACACUACUGUCCGAGAUAGGCUCUUGAAAGAAUUCAGCUGCCAAAUUUGCCGGCAGGUGAUGACUUCACCAAUAACCACACCUUGUGCUCAUAACUUUUGCAAGUUGUGUUUAGAAGGUGCUUUUGCUGGUAAGAGUUUUGUCAGAGAAAGAAACAGAGGUGGGCGGUCUCUUCGAUCUCAAAAGAAUGUCAUGAACUGCCCUUCUUGUCCCACCGACAUCUCUGAUUUUCUUCAAAAUCCUCAGGUGAAUAGAGAGAUAAUGGAUAUGAUUGAGUCUCUAAAAUCUACAAAUGAAGAGGAGCAGAAUGUGGAUCCACCUGAGGAGUCAAGUGAAGAAGGAAUGGCUGAUUCUGACAAUGAAGCUAGCACUCAGAUGUCUGAAGGAAAAGUCGUUAAUGAUGGCGGGCAGAAUUCUCCUUCAACCCACAAGUCCACAAGGAGCCCCAAACGUGUAAAAUUUGAUCUCGGUGAUUGCUCAACAAAGACGGAUGAUGGGGAGUUAAAUGAAAAGCUGGGAAAUCCUAAAGAGAGCAACAAGUCAGUGGCUCCAGUUGCAAAGCAUGGGAGGAAAGCUGCUGGUCAGGAGGCCCUGGAAGAGGAAGCAAUGGGAGAUGAUGAAGGAAAUGGUUCACCAUCAAGUCCUCUGCAGGUGCAAUCUGAUGAGGAUCCACAAGAGAGCAAUAAGUCGGAGGCUCCAGUUGCCAAGCGUGGGAGGAAAGCUGCUGGUCAGGCUGGUGUUGGAGCAAAGACCAGAGGAAGGAAGAAGGCUCCGGAGGAGGAAGCAUUGGAAGAUGAUGAAGGAAAUGGUUCACCAUCAAGUCCUCUGCAAGUGAAAUCUGUUGAGGAUGCAAAGGAGAGCAAAAAGUCAGUGGCUCCGGUUGCGAAUCGUGGGAAGAAAGCUGCGGUUCAAGGCAGUGUUGCAGAGAGGACCCGAGGGAGGAAGAAGGCUCAGGAGGAGGAAGCAUUGGGUGAUGAUGAAGGAAAUGUUUCACCAUCAAGUCCUCUGCAUGUGAAAACUGACGAUGAUUUUGAAUGAUUGGUUGCAUUGGUGGUUGGAAUGUGGAACUUACAAGGGUUUUUGGUGAAGGUUGUUUUUGAGAUUUCUAAUAGCGUCCACAGUUUAUGGAUCAAGUUGAAGGUUCUUUUUGGGAGAACCAGCAUAGCAUACAAACUUUUUUUUGUAAGGCUCAAAUGUCUAAAGUCUGCUUGCUUAGAUUAUGACAGUUCUUUUGUACUUAAUGCCAAAACAAAACAAUGGCUGAUGUAGCUCAUGGAUCAAUGUUGCAAGGUUUCGCAAUCAUGAAAGUUCUUAUGCUAUCUAUUUCUAAAUGAGUCUUGAAUUUUGUUGUUAUUUCAA